AGAAGUUGAGAACGGCCAACCCCGGUUGGCUAAAUUCCUCUCUCUCUCUCUCUCUCUGUUGCCCGAGCUGCCCGCGUUUUCCGCUUCCACCUGUGCCCGAGGUCCGAGCUGCCCGUUCUUUUGCUCCUUUUCCCUCUUUCUCAUUCAUCGGCCCUUUCGCUCCCUGGUUCUUAGUCUCUAUAUCUCUUUUUGGACGCACACUUAUUCUCUUUCAUGCUGCUUUUCUCUCAUCCUUCAGUGGCUGCGAAAGCUACCUGUACGAUCGACCCUCCAUUUUUUGUUGUUUCGGGCAGGUAAACUCGUCUGCCCGUUUUCUUCGGGCAACUCGAUUUGCUUUUGUAAUCCGUAGUCUUCAGUAGACUGGGGAAAAUUCUGAUAAGAGAUAAUUGGAGUAGUUUUUUUUUUCUUUUGCUCUGAACUGGUCAGCUUCUAUUUAUUACUUCAUUUUUUAGGGUUUUCGGAGUUCUCAGUGAACUUUUUUUUGGCGGGUUUCGAGCUGAUUCAUCCAGUGUUAGCCAGACAAUUCGCAUGCUUCUGAGUUUUGUUUGGAGGGAUAGUUCGUGAUCUGCGUUUAUUUGGGGUUCUGCCUGAUAGAUUUCUCUACUGGGUUUGACUGGUAUCAAACGGAAGGAUCUGAAAAAGGAACGAUUUUUGUUUCCAGCGACUUUGCAUGUUGUGAUCUUUGUUGCUUUUUGGCAUCUGAGACUUCCGUUUUGACUCCCUGAAGUGCCUGUCAAAGAGGACUUAUUGUUUUAGCUUUUGAGGUGGUUUCCUAGUUUCCGCCAGUGGGUUUGGAUAUCUGAGCUUGCAAAGGCUGAUUAGGAACGGGCGCUGUUCGAUAGGUUUGUUGUAGUCGAGAUAUGAACUGUUGAUUUAAAACUUCAUAACGAUGGGAGAGGGUCCUGAUGCUAUUCAGGCGGAGUCUUGGGAUGUGGGGAAAUCAAAGGGAAAGAAGAAGAAGAAAGAAGGUAAAGCCGAGGAACCUGGUUGUUGGUUUAAGCUCAGGCUUAUGGGUUCUUGCAUCUCUUCAAGAUCCAAAGUGGAUACCUCCAUAAGCGGUACUAGUACUCAUUAUGCGGAAAGUAAAUCCACAAAUGAUACUAGCAGAGAUCAACCAGUUGCUCCAGUAGUCUCCUCUUCAACCACUAGCAAUGGUGGGAGUAUUCCAUCCACUCCCAAAGUGGGCGAGGAUCUGAAAGUUGCUUCCCAGCUUCGAAGGUUUACCUUUAAUGAGCUUAAGGCUGCAACAAGAAAUUUUAGACCAGAGAGUCUUCUUGGUGAGGGUGGAUUUGGUUGUGUUUUCAAGGGAUGGAUUGAGGAGAAUGGAACUGCUCCUGUAAAACCUGGCACAGGGCUAACUGUUGCAGUUAAAACCCUUAAUCAUGAUGGACUUCAGGGCCAUAAAGAGUGGCUGGCUGAAGUCAAUUUUCUUGGUGAUCUUCUCCAUCCUAAUUUGGUUAAAUUGAUUGGUUACUGCAUUGAAGAUGAUCAGAGGCUGCUGGUGUAUGAGUUUAUGCCUCGAGGAAGUCUGGAGAACCACCUAUUUAGAAGGUCCUUGCCUCUUCCCUGGUCCAUCAGGAUGAAAAUUGCAUUCGGUGCUGCAAAAGGCCUUGCCUUUCUUCAUGAAGAAGCUGAAAGGCCAGUUAUAUAUAGGGACUUCAAAACAUCUAAUAUCCUGUUAGAUGCGGAAUAUAAUGCAAAGCUUUCAGACUUUGGACUUGCCAAAGAUGGUCCAGAGGGUGAUAAGACUCAUGUUUCUACCAGAGUGAUGGGAACCUAUGGAUAUGCAGCCCCAGAGUAUGUGAUGACCGGGCAUUUAACAUCAAGGAGUGAUGUAUAUAGUUUUGGGGUGGUUUUACUAGAGAUGUUGACAGGCCGAAGAUCUAUGGAUAAAAACCGACCAAAUGGGGAGCAUAACUUGGUGGAAUGGGCACGGCCACAUCUUGGUGAGAGGAGGAGGUUUUACCGGCUGAUGGACCCUCGCCUUGAGGGUCACUUCUCGAUUAAAGGUGUACAAAAGGCUGCCCAGCUGGCCCAACACUGCCUUAGCCGAGACCCAAAAGCAAGGCCUUUGAUGAGUGAAGUUGUGGAAGCCCUGAAGCCUCUACUGCACCUCAAGGACAUGGCAAGCUCCUCGGACUACUUCAAGGCAAUGCAAGCAGAGCGCACUGGGUCAAACCCAAAUGCCAGAAAUGGGCUUAGAACACAGGCGGGGUCUAUGUCAAGGAAUGGGCAACCAACCAGGAGCCUCUCAAUACAUGGUUCUCAUGCUUCUCCAUACCACCACCACCAGCCCCUUCAGUCACCCAAACCCAAUGGUAAACAGCCAUAAUGUUCAGUUCCUGUCCAUCCAUUGCUCUUGACCUCUUUCUUUUUUAAUCUUUAUUUUUUACCUUAAUUUUCUUUGGUUUUUUAUAUAUAUAUAUAUAAAUAUAUAUCAUCAUGGGGGCAUUUGAAUAGGAGAAAGGGAUCCAGCCUUCGAGGAAUCAUUAACUGACGCAGUUGUUUCUAUGUAGUGACUGGUGAGGAGGGUCGGUGGGCCGUGCCCAUUGUCCAUUGAGGAGAUAUUUUAGGGAAGAGGAGGCUUUUGGAGGAGAGAAUUGUAAUGCCACCUUAUGUUGGUUUUAAUUUAUUUGGAAAUAUAUCAAAUGGGAGUAAAGCUAAUUGACUCGUCAUUAUCAUCUAAAAUAGGCAGGGAAUAGGAAUGACUGCAAAAUGGUUUAGAUAUCUCGAAUUUGUUUGGCGGGUGGGAUCUCUUCAUCUGAUAAUGAAUCUUUUUCGUUCACCAUCCAUUGGUAACUUCAGUAAUCAGACUUCAGACCCAUCGGUUGGAUUAUACCAUCMGAUAAUAUUAAAUUGAAUCAUACAGGUGACAGGUCUACCAUCCAUGACGCACGGGGGUCUCUCUCUCUCUCGCUCUCUCAUGUUUUGGUAAUGGGGGUAUCUUGUCCCUAUGGUGAUUUAGUGAGAGCCUGGAGGAAGGAACCUUGUAGAAAAUAGAGGCGGCCAUGUCUUGGAAGUUCGAACAGUAACAGUCCCUUAUCCUUAGGAUUACUGUACUGCCAAGUUAGAUGAUAUUCUGCCAAUUUUGUCGUUCUAAUUGGAACCUCUAGGCUGUAGCAGCACGGGUUGAAGUUUGUAUGCUGCCAUGGCUGAGGUUUGUGUGGGUGUGUGUACUAGAGUUUCUAAUUUCUGUAGCUAAACCCUCCAACAGGAGUGUAUUCCAGUUGAACUGCACAAAACAAAUAAAGAGUGCGGAGUGACAUGCAUUGUUGAA